AUGACCCCAUCCGGGCUGAAGGCAGUGGUGCGCGAGAAGAUCCUCAGCGUUGUUUUUCGCAGCGUGAAGAAGGAAGGAGAAUGGAAGGUGCUGAUCAUGGACCACCCCAGCACGCGCAUCCUUUCGUCGUGCUGCAAGAUGUCCGACAUCGUGGACGAAGGCAUCACGCUUGUAGAAUAUAUUAACAAACGCCGGGAGCCAAUCCCCAGCCUGGAGGCCAUCUACCUGCUCAGCCCUGUGGAGAAGGUAGGAGUUCGGCCCUGCGCCCACCUCCCGAUGUCGGUGCAGGCUCUGAUCGAUGACUUCCAGGGCACCCCCACCUUCACCUACAAGGCAGCUCACGUCUUCUUCCUCAGCCCCUGUCCUAAGGCUCUGUUCAACGAGCUGCGGAAGUCACUGAUCACCAAGGCCAUCAAAACCCUCAAGGAGAUCAACUUGGCCUUCCUGCCCUAUGAGAGCCAGGUGUACUCCCUGGACAGGCCACAGACCUUCCACAUCUGGUUCAGCCCCUGCUGCGCCUGGGAAAGGAACAAGGACCUGGAGAUCCUGGCAGAGCAGAUUGCUUCAUUGUGUGAAACCCUGGAGGAGUAUCCAGCCAUCCGCUACAGGAAGGACCAUGAAGAUAACUUCCACCUGGCGCAUGCUGUACUGGCCAAACUCAAGGUGUUCAAGGCAUACGAGUCCAGCAUGGGAGAGGGCCCUGACAAAGCCCGCUCUCAGCUGCUGAUCGUGGACCGGAACUUCGACCUGGUGUCCCCACUGCUGCAUGAGCUCACCUUCCAGGCCAUGGCCUACGACCUGCUCAGGAUCGAAAACAACACCUACAGGUACAAGACAACGGGCGCCAGCGAAUCGCGGGAGAAAGAGGCGCUGCUGGAUGAUGAUGACGAACUCUGGGUGCAGCUACGCCACCUGCACAUUGCUGACGUCUCCAAGAAGGUGACGGAGCUGCUGCGCACCUUCUGUGAGAGCAAGAGGCUGACCACGGACGAGGCCGACAUCAAGGACCUGUCCCAGAUCCUGAAGAAGCUGCCCGAGUACCAGAGAGAGCUGAACAAGUACUCCACGCACCUGAACCUGGCCGAGCACUGCAUGCGGCACUUCAAAGGGACGGUGGAGAAGCUGUGCAGCGUGGAGCAGCACCUGGCCAUGGGGACGGACGUGGACGGGAAGGUGAUCAGGGACCCGAUGAAGAUCAUCCUGCCCGUCCUGCUGGACCCCAGCGUGCAGGCCUACGACAAGAUCCGCAUCAUCCUGCUCUAUAUUCUCCUGAAGAACGGUGUGGGCGAGGAGAACCUCACCAAGCUGAUCCAGCAUGCCAACAUCCAGCAGCAGAGCAACAUCAUCCACAACAUGCAGUUGCUGGACAUCUCCCUCACACCUGGGGUAAGGGACUGGGGCCAGGGGCCAAGCGGGCAGCUGCGACCCAAGAGGAAGGUGCGGCUGGAGUCCACCUACCCACUCUCCCGCUGGACCCCCAGGCUCAAGGACAUCAUGGAAGACAUCAUUGAAGACAAACUGGACAAGGAGCUGUGGCCCUUCAUGUCAGACCCGGUCCCUGCUGCCAGCUCCCAGGCUGCUGUCAGCACCCGCUUCGGGCAUUGGCACAAGAACAAGGUAGCGGCCGAGUACUGGAUGGGCCCUCACCUCAUCAUCUACGUGCUGGGUGGGGUGUCCAUGUCUGAGAUGCGCUGCGCCUACGAAGUGACCCAGGCCAUGGAGGGCAAGUGGGAGGUUGUGAUCAGUUCCAGUCACAUCCUGACCCCCAAGCGUUUCCUGGAUGAUGUCCAAACCCUCGACCAUGAGGCCCCCACGGAGACCUAGAAGCAGCCUCCUACCCCCAGAGACUCUGCCCCCCACAUCUCGCUGCCCCCAGCUCCACCUGCUCGUCUCAACAAGGCACCUUCCCCCCUACUCCUGGCAGCGGUGUCAGUUUUGGGGGGAGGAACAGGAGAGGGGACAGGACCCCCAGGCUGCUAGGCUGUUAGGACAGGGGACAGGCCAGGCUCCCUCCCUCUGGCACAGUGUCUAGGGUUGUCGCCCUCUGUGCCCCGUGGCCACCGUGUCCCUGAUGGGAUAGGGGAAGAGUUAGACAGCCACACACUCUGGACAGAGGCACCUGUGUGGGACCCGGGGUGGGACAUGCCUCCCCACACUUGGGACAGACAAAGCUAAACAUCUCAUGGCUCCCCCUGGUGGUGCAUAGGGGGAAUGCCGCUCCCAAGCUAUGGACACAGAGUCAAGGGAGGCAGUGUGGGCUAGUGGGUAAAGCACUGAACUGGGAUGCAGCAGAUUGGAGGUCUAUGUCUGGCUCUGCCACUUUGUGACCUGGGGCAAAUCCCUUCCCUGCCCCCUGCCUCAGUUUCCCCAUGUGUACAGUGGGGAUGAUGACACUGACCUCCUUUGGGAAGUGUUUUGCUGGACAGUGCUAUGUAAGAUGAA